AGGGAAUAAAGAUCAUUCAUAGAAGAAGACGCAAGAAGACAGAAAUAAUUUACACAAGAUUGAUAAAAAAUAAAGUGUUCUCGGGAAUGGCCCAAUAAACAGUCUCCAUGGUCUCUUUUGAUGCCACAGUCGUGAUCAACUAAUAUUCAGGAAAGUCUACCUUCUAUACUCCUCAAAUACGAGACUGAAGCACUGCAAAAACACCACAAGGCUUUACUUCCCUUCAUUGUUCAGAUCAGUUAAGGUCUGGGAGCUGAGAAGAUUCAUCGGAUGACCGCAAGCGAUCGAUGCCGUUACCGCAGUUCUUCUGAUAGAGGAUGUCACGAUGGUAACCCGUGGGCUAGGAUCGUGCUCUUAAAAUUGAAGAUCGGAUUAAAACGUCCCAGUAUGCUCUGAAGUGGAUUAGUUUGAUGACUGGAAAUAAAUCCUUUGGAAUUAAACCAUCGAUCGUUCCCCAUUUUGAGGGACUCUUAAUGAAUGAGUGAGGAGGAUGGUGGAAUCCUGCUGCUCAUUAAAAGGUUAUCUCGAUAACGUGAACUUGCCUUACAACAGCUGUUUGUAUUUUUUUAAUAAUAUUGCUGAAAUUAUAGAAAUUGUGUGCUGAUCCAUUGGUGUUUAUGAUGCCUCUUCCAUUCUAUAACAUUGAAUUUGAGUAGAAGGUGUAGCAAAAUGAACCUUGUGGAACCUCAAGAGAGGCCAGAAGACCACGUCAUGAAACUAGGGGUCCCUACCAAAUUUCACCGGAAAGUCGGGAUGACCAAUCGGUUCGCUAUCGGUCUCGCAGUAGUAACACUCACUUGCUCACUUUCGUUCAUAGCACUGAGUCAUCCUGAAGCAGUUUCGACAAGACAACAGAAUCAGUCCGUUCGGGAGAUAAUUCCUGAUGAUUACGUCAGCACCUGUCACAGGCGCCAUGAGGAUGGGUCCCGUGCGUUGCUUCCAGAGAAGUACUUGACGAUAAACGACUGCAAGAAACGCCUACCGGAUGUCGUUGUCCUGGGCACCAAGAAAUGUGGCACCGGAGCUUUACGCGUCUUUCUAGAUACCCAUCCAAGCGUUGUCUUUUCUAAGAAAGCUGAGGCGAAAUUCUUCACGCAAAACUACAAGAAAGGACUUGAUUGGUAUGUACAGAUCAUGAGACCUACAGCAAAUGGUCAAGUUGGCAUGGAAAAGUCUCCAGGGUAUUUCUUUUCAAGCGAAGCAGCCAGACGUAUUAAAUCAGACUUACCAGAAAGCACCAAGUUCAUUGUAAUUCUCUGCAAUCCAGUAAGGAGAACAAUAUCUGAGUUCACUUUCGAGCAGCUCAAUAAAAUUAAAGACAAGUUUCAGGUGGACACUGAUGAAGCCAAAGUGAUCGCCAAAAGGACUUUCAAUUCUAGUAAAUUUGAGAAAUAUAUCACGACAUCUUCCGGUCGUAUUAGGACAAACGUAGAUAUCAUCACUCACAGUAUGUACGAUAAAUAUAUUCUAUCGUGGCUCAAGCUCUUCUCACGCUCACGAUUCCUUUUCGUCGAUGGCGACAACUUCACCCACAACCCCGUCACUGUUCUCAACGAAAUAGAGCAAUUUAUUGACGUUCCGCGUUACUUUAACAGCAGCAGAUUCUACUUCGAUAAAGAAAAGGGUUUCUUUUGUCUUUCAGAACCUUUCAAGCAGUGUCUACGGUCAACCAAGGGCUUGGAACACCCACCCGUUGAUAGGACAGUAUUGAGGAAACUCAGAGAACUCUUUAAAGCGCAUGACUUUGCUACGAGUAUUCUAACAUUAAAGAAUUUCACAUGGAUGAAGAAUGAUUACGGUACCAAGGUACAACCUUGAGGUCCCACUCCAAGAACAUACGUAUGCACUAAUUAAUGAUGUAUGAUUUUAUUGCAUGGUACAAGACUAAUGAUGAAAAGGAUUGCAAUACAAUUAUAUCGCGAAUACUUUGGUGAACUUACCCCAACGGCAAUCCUAAUAUUUUGUUGAGUGGACUUGUUGACGAGUAGUACCAAUAUUAGCAUUACUACAGAUAUCAUGAAUAUCACGGCAAUGCCAAAAUCAAAGAUUAUUGUCCCAUAUAAUAUGCCUUUGAUGCGCCAUGAGGCUGAUAUUUUAUUUGUCUUUGUGAUUACAAUAAUCACAUUCAGUAUUCUAAUGAAGCAUUGAAAAUAUUUUUUUUUUAUUAUUGACCUUCCAAAUCACCCGUUUUGUCUGUUUCGUUGUAGGCCUAUUCCAAUCACGUUUUACAUGUUUUAGAUCACGUUACGUUGAAAGAUGCACUGUAUGAUCCUUAUUUUGCUGACAAGCUUGAUUUUUUUAAUCUAUGUUGUAUAAAAGAGGCUUUUCCAAUGAUGGAUUUAUACCUUGCCUUGGACGCUUUGUAAUAAAGGUCUUGCUGAUAGGUCGUCUCUUUCAAAAGAAAGAAAAUAAUUCAUUAUAGUGAACAGGUUGUAUUAUAAUUAAGAGUAAAAUUGUACUGUACUAUAUUUUAUUUCCUGUUAGCCAUUGAACAGUGUUGAAAUUUUACUUUUGAAUUCGUUUAAAGAAAUGAAAAAGAAAUCGACUUUGCCACAUGCUGACGAAUUAUCUUUAUGAUCAUGAUGAUUAUGUUUUGUAUAAACAUGGGAAGAUGUCAUUCUCAAUCAUUAUUGUUGUAUGCAAUAAUCGAAUAGAUGUUUAUUAUAGAUAUGGGAGAGAUUCAAUUAUAAAUGAGAUUAUAGAAAUUCAGAGUUGCUUGGAUGAAUUUAUAUGAAGAAAAUGUUCCGAUUGCAAUAAGUUUAACACAAAGUAACACUAACCACAAUACUACGACAUUUGACAUAGUUGUAUAUAGUCUCACGAUAGGAGAUAUGUGAAGUAGGAUAUAUUAUUAUGCUCUUUGAAUUUAGCGUUGACCCUGUUGAGUAUAUCUUUCUACGAAGGGAGGAACUAUAGGGGAAAACAAGUGGGAGAGUAAACAUGGUGAAAAGGUAGAAGAGGGGAAGGAUAUGCUGAAGAAGCAGAAGAAGAAGAAGACGAAGAAAAAUAAGUACACGAAGAGGAGGAAGAAGAAAAUGAACAAGGGAGAGAAAUAGAGAGAGAGAUGGAGAGGGGGGGGGGGUUUUAUAAGAAUAAAAUCUUUGACACCAAAUCAUCGCUCAUGAAAUGUGAGAGGUAUUUGGAAAAACAAUAUUUGUUCCUUUGUACUUUGUGUUCAGGUGCUGGGGUCUUCUUGUUGUUCAUAAACAAUAUUUAUCGAUGGCCUUAAUAUCAUUUCUUUCAGUAUGGCUGGACUAUCAGUCCUAUGAGCACAAUAAUGGAAAUGCUUUCAUAAAUCAUCUAUAAAAAUAUUGAAAUGCGAAUAACCCGUGGUUUUCAUAAAGGUUGCUCCAGCUUCGGCUUCCAAAUAGCUAGCGAUUGAAAUCUAAUUUUGAUUGCAUUAGGGUGCCUCGGGCGACAUUUAGAAGUAAUAUAGGGAAGAUCUUGCAUUAUUGAUUAAGUGGCAAAGGGACAGGGUAUAAUAUUUGUUUUCAUGUAAGCUGCAAUAAAGGAUGUCAAUGAUAUGGAAGAGGAGUGGUUCUUUUUUCAAGGCAUAUGGUGUCUUUGUGGUUUGAAAUAGGUGGCAAAAUUGAAUGAGAAUUGUUGUCAUCUGUCAUGUCUUUUGAGCAAUAAUCAUAAUUAUUGCAGGUGCGCCAAGUUUUGUUUAGCAGUAUUUCUGUUCUUUCUUUUCAAGGGGGUGGACAGUGAAAUAGGCCAAUUAUCUGACUCUCUGAACUAUCUGAUACCUGAGCAAUAUUUCAUGAUGGUUAUUGCCUACCAGAACAGUCAAUUUGACCAUUCGAUAUGUUCGACCCAACCGGAGGUGACGUGAAACGAACCGAGUUUUGCCGAAGUGGGAUCGUUUUGUUCGGUCUUUUCGUCAUUCUGGGUCCAAAAAUUGUGGUGCUGGUAGACAAUUUUCAAAAUCUGUAGAAUAGUCUGUACCGCUUCGAUAAUAAUGAUAUUCAUGUGUUAUAUAUGCACCCAAACGGGAUAUCAAGUUCAUUUUUUUAAAAUAUAUAAUUAACUUUUUUCAGGGAGGGGUGUUAGAAAGUAUUCCCCCUGGUAGAUCUGCAUGUGUCCGCCCCUGAUUAUAGUAGUAUGAAUGACGUCAUGAAUAAUAUACAAACGAAAGUGCCGAGAUGAUCCACGACUAUUCGUUUGUUUACGAAGAUAUGAAAUCUUAAAGCUAUAUAAAAGAGCAUAAUUGACGGCUAAGUUAAUCUAGUAGAUCACUAUUUUGUGACAUGUGAGAUUAUAUUUGAAAAUGUAGUGUUUUGCUUGUUGAAUUUCGCUCCAAUUAUAUUCAAUUCAUAUCAAUUUAUAGUCAUUCUAUGUAGUUGAUCGUUGCUAGUCCAUAUAUUCGGGGUGGGGGAGGUCAAAUAUCAGUAGGAAGUAUGCGAAAAUACAAAUAAAUCGGAAGAAUUGCAAAGAUUUCAGUAUUUGUUGAGACUUAUUGAUGAUUGCUAAAAUUUAGAUAUCAUUUUUAAGGCCAGGCUUGACCUGGUAUAAGAUUAAUGUUGAGUGCUUGACGUAAAUCUAUUGAAAAUAUUCUUUUCUUCAUUUUCAUAUCAUGAAAGAUGUCAUAGUUUGUCAAUCAUGAAUAUGAUUUAUCUAUUAAAUUCAAGUUACUAUGUAACUGAAAUGUUCGGAUUGAGAUUGUUAUAUUUAUUAUAACAAGGCUAGGAGGGGACAAUCAAUAAUAUAUUCAUAAAAUAAAGAAAUUAUUAUGGAAUAAAAAAAUUAUCAUCUGUCUAAUGUCUUGUUAAUAUGUCAAAUUGUAUAUUUAUUUCAAGAGUGAUGUAUGUAUAUAUUUGUUCCGUCUCUUUUCACAAACGUCAUGAGGAAUUAAAAAAAAAUGAAA